AUGAGUGGCUCACACGGAACUUUAGAAGUAACUAUCGUCGAAGCUCGUCAUCUUAAAGAUGAAGACAUUGUCGGUAAAAAUGAUGCUUUUGUUGAAGUUUAUUUGGAUAAAGACUAUAAACAACGAACAAAAACUAUUAAGAAUAACAAUGAUCCACAAUGGAAUGAAAAAUUUAAUUUUAAUUUGGACAGAAACCAUGAUGAUUUACAUCUAUGUGUAUAUGAUGAUGAUGCAGUAGGUAAAGAUGCAAUUGGUUCAGCAAAAAUUAAUUUGAAAAAACAUGACUUUGGAAAAGGUGAUUUCGAUGAAUGGGUUAAAUUACCAGCUUUAUUGGGUCUCCGUUCAAAAGGUGAAAUUCAUGUUACCAUCCAUCAUAAUCCUGACUCAAAAUGA